AUGUCUAGGAACCGAAAGCAAGCCGUGCUCUUUGUGGCGCUGCUGUGCCUGGACCUGCGCACCCACGUGGGCUCCGCUCCGAUCUGUCCCCAUGGACACACCGGCUGCCACAUCCUGUCUCUGGCCGAUCUCUUCGACAGGGUCAUCCAGCACUCAGCCAGACUGCACGGGCUCUCCAGUGAUUUGCACUCAGAGUUUGAACAGUACUUCCUCCCCAGCAAAAACCACAUUGGCAGAGUCUAUCGCAAGUGCCACACAUCCAGCAUACUGACUCCUAAUGGCAAGGAGAACGCACAGAAACUAGCCCGUGAGGAGUUGACAGAGGUGAUUCUGAAGCUGCUAACGGCCUGGAGGGAUCCCCUGUCCCAGCUGCACCAAAGCAUGGCCCACCAGCAGGACUAUAACAGCUUCAGCAGCAACAAAGCUCUGGAGAUGAGUGACAUGGUGCAUGAGCUCAGGAAAGGAGUGGAGAAAGUUACAGAGAAGAUGCAGCUGCUGGGGAUGAUCAGUAACUCAGUGAAUGGCCUCUCAUCUUCUGAAGCCCUGCUUCCUGCCUCUGAAAGUGGAGAGGCUAUGAGCGAUUAUGAGCUCGUCUACUGCUUCCGCCGCGAUUCGGACAAAGUCCAGAACUACCUGAAGAUCCUCAAAUGCAGAAUUGUACCUGAGCACGGCUGCUGA